UUCAUUAGCUAGCUGAUAGCAGUACAGCGACGUUAUCUGACGAUGUAACUAUAUUCUGACAAUAAAACACAGCAAUGUCGAGAAAGAGACAAAAAGAGAAACCAGACAAGGCCAAUGCUGAGGACGAGAAAACUACAGGUGCAACUCCAAUUGAAAAACUGCCUACUCAGACCUUUGAUGAAUAUCAGUGCUCGGGCCAUGUGGAGGUGGACUUCCAUUGUCUUUGUACUCUUCUGGACAUGAAGGAUAUCCCAGCUGUCAGCACGAAGCCCCCAUCCUCCCCUACUGACACUGAAGGAGGGGACAAAGAGGACAGUCAGUUGGAGUCCAAUGCUGAACCGUGCUGGUCCAAGCCGUGCCUCCAGGUGGAGCUGGAGGAGGAAGACCCCCUCCGUGCCAAGUACCUGAAGGUUUCUGGGUGGAAGGUGGAUGAGCGUAUUGCCAGAGUGCUACAGAAGAUGCUCCUCUCCCUGAGCAAGCUGCAGAGCCUUCACUUUUGGCAGGCGGGGCUGACAGAUCCAAUGGUAAUCUCUCUCGUGAACACAAUAUCACUGUGCUCCAACCUCAGGGAUGUGACACUGGAGGGAAACCAUCUUCCAGAACAGAGCUACCACCUUCUCCUCUGUGAAGACAGUGUCCUCACCCACUUGUCCCUGAGAAAUAACCGGAUAGGAGAUGAGGGCGCUCGUCUGAUUGGGUCGGCUCUCUCAACAACCAGAUCUGCUAACAAGAACCUUGUGUCACUCAACCUGGCCUUCAAUGCUAUAGGAGAUGCAGGCGCUACACAUAUCGCACAGGGCCUGCGGUUCAAUCGAGCUUUGUUGGUUCUCUCACUGUCCAACAAUCAGAUUGGAGACUCAGGAGCGGCUCAUCUGGCAGAGAUACUGGUCGAGUUCCCUCUCACUCAUGAAGAAGUUGUGGAUAGGAGAAAGAUGCUUCUGGAGAGAACUCAGACUUCAUGUGAGCAGCCUGCAGAGCAACUUCCCUUGGUAGCCAGUUCACUGAGCAAAGGCAAAAAAAAGGAAGCAUCCAAAAAAGAGGACAAGGCGUCUCACAAGAAAUCUUCUGAUGCGAAGGUGUCUCAAAGUAAAGGUGCCAAGCAGAGUGGCAAAGAGAAGCAACUCGCUGCACAGGAGGAUAAAUCAAAUACUGCCCUGAAUAAGCAGCAGCAGCAGGUAGAGUGUGAGGAGGUGGAGAACCCCCUGCUGGAUCAGUCGGUGCAGCACAGGGACGGGGAGAUCAUUCUGCCUGGAAACACCACUCUCUCCUCCCUGAACCUGGCAGGAAACAGAAUUACAGAGAAAUCGCUGCCUUUAUUCCUGAAAUCUUUAGAGAAGCAGGGUGAGGGAGGAGGCCUGCUGCGUCUCUGUCUGCAGAGAAACCGCUUCCCAGCAGAUUGUGAGUGUUAUGUGAAGAUAAAAGAACUGAUGACACUCACAGCAUAACACAGCUCUGAGCAGACAGAAGAGGAGGAACAGCGGGCAUUCUCAUCCAACAUACCUUUAUAUACACUCUUUAUUUGCUAAAUAACAAUAAAAACACUGUGUCCUCUGCUGUGAGGUGAACAAA